AAUAUUUCUGUUUUCUUUACAGAGCGUUUUGCUAUCUCUGUCUAAUUUUUUUUCCAAAAAAUUCCACGAGAGAGAGAGAUUAUCAAGUUUGGUCCGGAAAUCUUGGUUAAAGUGCGAUGUUGUGCCGCGGAAACCGCCUAAAUAGCCGUGCCAUGUCCCUCCGAGUGUGUUAUGGGUCGUUUUGUGUGCGAAAAUCGUAAACGAAUUCGUAAAUUAGUGCAAAAUCGGCGCGACGACCGAUCGUUGAACUUGAACAGUUGAUAGAUUUUCUCUUUCUUUCCCAGGCUCUGAAAAAUCUCAAGUUUAUAAAAAUAAAUAUGAAAGGCCUAAUUACAGUACAGUCCGAGUCUGUGUCGGUUUAAUUUUUGACCCCGUUUUGGAUCUGCGUUAGUCGAGUUUGGUGCCGUUAGUUAAGCUGAAAAGCCGUUGCUCUCGACAAAUAUUUGUGUGUGACGAGCCGAGAUCGAAAAAACUCGACAAUUCCCAAGAUUUUUUACGCGAGAAUUUUUUAAGACGUGCGGUAUUGAUUUGCCUUAAAGGCUUGGCCCGGCGAAUAUACGGACUAUACAUGGUUUAUAGGGGUCUUACGUGGUUUCUAUUGGCUCACUGACUCAUAAAAAACUAAGGGACACAUUUUUUGUCGGAAUUUUCCAAAUGACUGAACAUUUACAUACGCGUCUCCAAAUUUUUGAGAAAACCUCGGCCGGACUUUGUAUUAUUUAACCUUACAAAAACAGUCGACUUGCGGAUGCGUUGUGUUGUGCUAGUGAAGUGGUGGUGAUUUAAAAAAACAAAACAUUUCGCGAAUUGCGACCAUCCAAAAGACCCAAAACUCGACAAGUAUUGAUUAUUUUUCAGCGUUUCGAAGGUCUCACGCUGGUGACUCAUUAGUUUUUAUGAAAUUCGUCAUCUCUCAACUGAAAUAAUCAAAAGGAGGCUGGACGAAACAUAACCAAAAAUGCUGCCUCAACAGUAUUGUCUAAGAUGGAGGUACCACCAUUCAAAUUUGCAAACCAUGUUCUCACAACUCCUGGAAAAGGAGGCUUUCUGCGACGUCACCCUAGCCUGCGAAGGCCGAACCAUCAAAGCACACAAAAUCGUCCUCUCAGCCUGCAGCACCUACUUCGAAACCAUCCUCUCCCAGUAUGAAGAAAAAGACCCCAUCCUCAUCAUGAAAGAUGUUAAAUAUGUAGAUAUUAAGUGUUUGGUUGAGUUCAUGUACAAAGGAGAGAUCAACGUCGAUCACUGUCACCUCGCAACGUUAUUGAAGACUGCUGAAGAACUGAAAAUCAAAGGCCUGGCGGAAGUGUCUUGGCGCGACGAAGAUCAACACAACACCGACAGCAACAAUGUGAACGGUGUCCAAACGGCACUUCCUCAGGUAUCGACAGUAAUGGACAAUCCGAAAAAUGAAGCGCCUUCAAAUAAAAGAAAAAGAGGAAGACCUCCCAUAGAUGAUUACGAGCAAGCAUUUACAGCACCAAAGAUAAUGAACGUUACUGGAAACGCCGACGAAACAUAUUCCAAUGAUGCGAUGUCAACCAGUGAUCAUGACCUGUCUAUUUGGGAAGAAGAACCAUCGGCAAAUGAAGGAGGAGAUUUAACGGAACCAGACGAACCAUUACUCAGGGUGAAAAAGGAAACUUCUCCACACGACGACGACAUUUUGAUAGACGAUUCUGGCGAUUUUUCGCCGAACGAUUCAAAACAUGACACCUCAAGGACAGGCUCGAUGAAAUCGUUAAACGUUACAACAUCAGGGACGCAAUCGUUCCUAACGCCGGCCCUGGAAAAAGAAUGGCCCGACGUAAUUAAAAUGAAUGAUUAUUUAAACACCGGACGACGGCAGCAAUUCUGGGAGGAACCCUUCACGAAACGCGUAAUGGACGCCAUCAAAACUAAAAAUCUCGAGAUGAAAGUCGCAGCAGAGUUGUUGGGUGUCUCCUAUGGGACACUCUACGGAAGAUAUCGAGAUUCCUACGGGUGUUUGAAACAUCCCUAUCGAGUGCGCGAUUUCUGGAGUGAACAAGGGCCGACGGAUGUGUUGUUGAAGUUGAAGAAAAAGGAGAUAACAUUGUACAGAGCAGCAGAACAGUUAAAUGUGACGCCGCAAACGCUUUCGAAUUAUCUGAUUUCAAUGUCGCAAAUCGACAACAGCAGCGAAGCGAACGUUAGCAACCAGUCGAAUGCGAUGGAGUCGUACGAAGAGGUUGAUUCGGACGAAGAGGGCGACACGGUGCUGCCCGAUGUGCCCUCGUCGAACAAUACAAGCCUCUUCAAAAAUCUCCUCUCAAACGCAAUCAACACAUCCACGUCCAGCAACUCAGUAUUGGCCAACUGUCCAGAUAUUACCAUUAUCAAAAAAGAAAAGCACGAAGGUAAAGUCAAUAACAAUUCUGAUCAUUCCGACAGUAAUAGUGACCAAACAAAGUAAUCGACGACGCUAUAUGUAUGUAAACAUUUCCACUAUUAGUAUUUUAUACAGACCAAAGUAAUUUUGUACUGUUUUUUCUCUUAGUUGAUUUAGUUUUAAUGUAAAUGAAUCUUGUGUUUGCUGAAAACGUAGUAGUGAUAUGGGAAAUACCAAAAUGUCUGUUACAAAGUAAAGUGUAUAUUUACAUUUACCGCAAUAUACCUAUAUUGUAUUGGCAAGGUAGUUUAGUCUUAGGAACAUAUCACGGAGUCCGCUGGUGGACAGUCUUCUGCACUGACUCUACGUUGCAGUCCUAUUUAUAGUGCUUUAAUCUGUAGGUUUAUCAGCAAUGUAUCUGCUCCACUCUCAGUAUUUGUAUUUUGUGUGCAUUAUUGUUUUUGGUACACUUACGUGUAGGUAUACCCAUUAGAAUUAGUACGAGGACAUACAAUACUUUGGCAUAUUAUUAUUUAUGUACCUAUGUAUUAACUGUAUGUAGUCUUGCAUCAUAGAUUAGAGUUUGUCAUAUAUUUAUAUAAAACAUGGAGAGUAAAAGGUUCAUGUUUUCCUAUUAAGACAUACCUAUACUAUUAUAGUAAUAAUAACUAUAAUAACAUAUAUAAUGAACUAUAUUUAUACAAUUAUUUGUUGAGUGCCUAAUCAUAAGUUAACAUAGGACUUAACUUUAAGUUUACUUUUUAUGUAUUUCGAUUUUUAUUCAUUUUUCAUGAUCUGUUUUUUCAUUGCAUAUCCUCUUGGUUUUAGGAUCGGAAAUUAUUUUCUAACAUUAUGUUACUUGGUACAAUAUAUUAUAUUUUACCUUUUUUGGGACGGUGAGAAUUUUUCCGCGUACCUCGUAAUAUUUAUAUGUUCUUAUGUAUUGUACAUUUUAUGUAGUUUUUUAUUUAUUAAAGAUUUUUUAUAGAA